CAGAAAGCCCCGCGGGACCUGCGUAGGUUGCGCACUGGGAAUGGGAGGGGUGCGGCGCCACCGGGUCUGGAGACUCCGCUGUCCUUAGUCUGUGGAUCCAACUGCCAGUUCCUCCUGCAGCCCGCCUGCUGGGCAGGGCCGGCCCGGCCCGGCUAUGGAGUCCUACGACAUCAUCGCCAAUCAGCCCGUGGUCAUCGACAACGGCUCAGGGGUGAUCAAGGCUGGCUUUGCAGGAGACCAGAUUCCCAAAUACUGUUUCCCAAACUAUGUUGGGCGCCCUAAGCAUAUGCGGGUGAUGGCAGGAGCCCUGGAGGGGGACCUCUUCAUUGGACCAAAAGCAGAGGAACACCGGGGGCUACUGACCAUCCGAUAUCCCAUGGAGCAUGGUGUGGUACGAGAUUGGAAUGACAUGGAGCGCAUCUGGCAGUAUGUCUACUCCAAGGACCAGCUGCAGACCUUCUCCGAGGAGCACCCUGUCCUUCUAACAGAAGCUCCACUCAACCCCUGUAAGAACCGGGAGAAGGCAGCAGAGGUAUUCUUUGAGACCUUCAACGUGCCAGCCCUGUUUAUCUCCAUGCAGGCCGUGCUCAGCCUGUAUGCAACAGGACGCACCACAGGAGUGGUUUUAGACUCUGGGGACGGGGUUACCCAUGCUGUCCCUAUCUACGAGGGCUUUGCCAUGCCACACUCCAUAAUGCGAGUUGACAUUGCCGGUCGAGAUGUCUCCCGCUAUCUCCGGCUGCUGCUGCGGAAAGAAGGAGUCGACUUUCACACCUCAGCUGAGUUUGAGGUUGUCCGGACCAUCAAAGAGCGAGCCUGCUACCUGUCCAUCAACCCACAGAAGGACGAAGCUCUGGAGACAGAGAAGGUGCAAUAUACUUUGCCAGAUGGCAGCACACUUGAUGUGGGGCCAGCACGAUUCCGGGCCCCUGAGCUGCUGUUCCAGCCAGACCUGGUAGGAGAUGAGAGUGAGGGGCUCCACGAGGUACUGGCCUUUGCCAUCCACAAGUCUGACAUGGAUCUUCGCCGGACACUGUUUGCCAACAUUGUGCUGUCAGGAGGCUCCACACUUUUCAAAGGCUUUGGUGAUCGACUGCUAAGUGAAGUAAAGAAGCUUGCCCCAAAAGAUGUCAAAAUCAAGAUCUGGGCCCCUCAGGAACGGCUGUACUCCACGUGGAUCGGUGGCUCCAUCCUGGCCUCACUGGACACUUUUAAGAAGAUGUGGGUAUCCAAAAAGGAGUAUGAAGAGGAUGGCUCCCGUGCUAUUCAUCGUAAAACAUUCUAGUGGAGGAGGGUGUAGCGUAUUGGGAGAAUGGGAGGAUAGCGGCAUCAGAGCCCUGAGCCCUCUGAUCUGGGAUCACAACAGGCUGAGGGGGUCCUGUAUGUCCUGACCCCAGCAGGUGGUACAGCAGCACAUCCCUGAAGCCAUACCUUCAAUCACAGUAACAUUUACCUACAUGGAUGGGAGCCUUGAGCUGGAGUAUAGAAAUUGAGGAACCUGGCUUUGGGUUGUCCUGGGGUCUCUCUUAGCAGGACCAUUUUGACCUACAUUCCUGAGCUACAAGGCCAGACACCCAAAUACCCCCAUUUCCUCUAAUAGGAAACUUGGCAGUGCCAGAGUGCCUGGAUGCCUGUGUAACUAGCCUUGGAGAGUAGAUUGGAGUAGCAGGCACCCAGCAGGUCCAUGUUGGUGCCCCAUUGCUUCUCAUGCUACUUUCUCCUUCUGACCCAACAGGGUAGCCCAGAGAGCCGCAUCGAGGCACCCUCAACCUUUCAUACUCAUACCAAGGCACCCCUUUCACACUCUGUCCUCCUGUCUCCUAGGCUAGUGCCUGUGGAGACUGAACACUGGGAAAUCUUCUGUUCCCAGCAAUGGGUCUAGCUCAAGGUCAAAACCUUUGGAACCAGGACAGAAGAUAUGUGGCCUUCAGGAGGCCAGUUGGCUGAGCUCUCCCUGUCAAAGCAUUUCAUUGACUGCUGCUCCCUCUCCUUUAUCCUCAGCACCUUAAGACAGUAAAGGGUUAAUGAUGUUCAUUUGUGGUGGAGAAGCCACUUAAUCAGGAGUCAGACCUAGACAACAUCAGGGAGACACAUUUCCUUCUCCCACCACCCCAAGAAUGACAUCUUCAUUUACCCUGUGGCUGGGACCCACACCACUCCCCUAAAUAUGUACAAUAAUUUAACACAGUUGCCUGAAAACAAUUUUUUGUAAAUCAUUAUAGUAAUAAUUAUAGACAUGGCA